AUGUAAACACUGGUGGUCUCAAGUGUCAUUUGUUGUAAGCAAAUAAUAAAAAUAAAUAUUUUAUUUAAAAAUAGGUAUAAAGAAAGAUUAGUAAUUGGAUAUAACGAAAUAUUAAUUAAUUUGACAAUUAUAUUAAUGCAAGAUGUCUAAAAUCUUUACACCAACAAAUCAAAUAAGAUUGACAAAUGUCGCUAUUGUAAGGUUAAAAAAAGGUGGCAAAAGAUUUGAAAUAGCAUGUUACAGGAACAAAGUGUUGUCUUGGAGGAAUAAAUUAGAAAAAGACAUUGAUGAAGUUUUACAAACUCACACUGUAUUCACAAAUGUGUCCAAAGGUCAAGUAGCAAAAAAGGAGGAUUUAGUUAAAAUAUUUGGCAAAGAUGACCAAACAGAAAUAUGUAAAGAGAUCCUUGAAAAAGGCGAGUUGCAGGUUUCAGACAAAGAGAGGCACUCACAGAUUGAUUCCUUGUUCAAAGAUAUUGCAACAACCGUUGCAGACAAAUGUGUAAACCCAGAGACAAAGAGGCCUUAUCCUGUUUCAAUCAUAGAGAAAGCCAUGAAGGACAUACAUUUUUCUGUAAAUGUGAACAAGAGUGCUAAACAGCAAUCCCUUGAUGUAAUACAACUGUUGAAGAAUGAAAUACCUUUGGAGAGAGCACAGAUGCGUGUCAGAAUUUUAUUAACCGGCAAAGAUGCAAGAAAAACAAAAGAUAAAGUUGUAAAACUUGCCAUGAGCGUUGAAGAAGAAAAUUGGGACUCUGGUACAGCAAAUAUUAUAUGUCUUAUAGACCCUGGAAAUUUCCGCAAUUUGGAUGAAAUGAUACGGACGGAGACAAAGGGCACAGGGCAGUUUGAACUGUUAAACUUGAAGGAAAUGGUUGAAGGUGAACAAGCUCUGUAAAUCCAUUUCUGUUACUAUUAAUAAUCUCUGUUAACAAUCUGUGUAAACGAGUAUUUAAAUAAAUGAUUUUCAUUAA